GGGAGGAGGUGAAUCCAGCGUCUGGGGGACUUCUCUGUUUGUCAGCUGGCAACCCGAUUGACUAACAUCACCAACGCCCAUAAAGUGGCAAUAUACAGGAAAUGAACCGAGCUGCUAGAAGUGUCGUCUCUUUCCGUUAAAUCUGACCGGCUCAAUUGUUCCAGUUGUGAUUUUGGAGUGAAGCCUGUUGUAUAACGAUAUCAGUUAUAGUUAUCUGAUGUAUAGCAUCAACUGUAUGAGUUAGCGGCAUUAUUACUGUGUAGCUAGCUCCCCUUUGUUUGGACUGAUACAACGUAGACUUCGACUGUUUUACUCCUGUCCACCCGAAAAAUGGCAACCCAAAUCGAUAAAGAGGCUUGCAGAGAGGCUUACAACCAAGUCAGAGACGACAACACGGAUACCAAUUGGGCUGUGUUUAAGUAUGAGGGUUCCAUGAUUGUGCCUGCAGGACAAGGAACUGACUAUGAGGACUUCAAGAGGAUGUGCACAGAUGACGCUCGUCUGUUCGGCUUCGUCCGGAUCACGACGGGAGACGCCAUGAGCAAACGAGCCAAGUUCACCCUCAUCACCUGGAUCGGUGAGAACAUCAGCGGACUGCAGCGCGCCAAGAUCAGCACCGACAAGACACUGGUCAAAGAGAUCGUGCAGAACUUUGCUAAGGAGUUCAUGAUCAGUGACCUGCGGGAACUGGAGGAGGACUACAUUCGCAUGGAGCUGAAGAAGGCGGGUGGAGCCAACUAUGACGCUCAGGCUGAGUAGAGAAGUGCCAGAGUCCACUGGAAAGAACACUGAUCGGCACAUGGAUCAUCACAGCAUGGGCCUGGUCUCGUCAUCCCAACCCAGGAGGAGCCAUUUCUCGGUUGUAGCAUCUCUUUUUAUUUGGUUUAAACCCUCCCUCCCCCCCUGCAAAAAUAGGAUUUUUUUCCUUGUACCUUUUUUGUUUUUGAGAUGAAUUUUAUUUUCUCUUAAGAGUUUUACCUUUUCAUUUUAUUUUUAAGAUCAUUGUUAUCUUGGACAUCGGUGGAAGAGAUUUUCAACAAAUAAUGCAACAAGGAAGAAAAUUGAGUGGGCACAAUAUAAGUCAUUUCAAAAUAAAAAUUGAUGUUUUUUCCAAAACUUUGCUUCUUGACGUGUCUUGUGUGUGUCUCUGAAGCUUACAUUACCAUGAACAAAACGGUAUUUUGGUAAGAACUUGUAACUACAAAAAUAAGUUUGUGUCCAUGCUAGUUACAUUUUUAAAAAAAAUAUAAAUAACCCAUCUACAAAUCCUAACAAGGUUUUCUACUGCUGAUGUGGUAUACUUACAUAUUUGUCUAUAAUUUUCAAAUGCAGGCUGUAUAGUGGUUUUAUGACUUUUGAAUGUAUUGCCUUUGUUGUGUAUUUCCCUACAGUAUGAAAUUCUAUUAAAAUGCCCUCGAAAUUUGCUUUUCCAUCAGAAUAGUUUUUGUUAAUGCUAAAUUAUCAUGUGAUAAUGCAUUAAAUAAUGCACAUUGACUUAAAAGGGCUGCACUUCUUUACCUCAAAAUAAUAAUGUAACUGACAAAAAAUAAUACAGACUUGGUGUUUGCAAUUAAAUGACACAAGUCAAGCAAAAUUAGCAGGACCAAUUGAAAUUAAACUGUAUGUAUUUUUUUCUGCUACAGCAUACAGAAGUGAUCUGUAAAUUACAUGUAAUUUGAUCUUUUUUUGAGAGAAAAAAAAUCAGAACCCAAAAGGAAACAAUGCUGGACCGCCCAUUU